AUGGCGCUCACGGGUUUUCCGGUGGUCUAUGUGUUCCAGCGGCCGGCCACUGACGAUACCGAGCUCCUCGAAGAUGUUGAGCUCCAGACUGCAGCGCUCAAGAACCACUGGGAGUGGAAGGGCGCGCAAUAUGCCAGUCGAACGAACACCGGUAUCGGCUCCAGUCGUUUGAGCCAUGUUCCAGACGACCUGCUGGAUGAGGAAAUCUGGGAGAAGGUGGUGAGCUACAUCGCACGAAUCUGGGCAACACUGCUCGUAGCGCGGUAG